AUGACGUGUCUCAAUCCCGGAAUUCAGCGCAAGAGCAUCCAAAUCUGCGGGCAGAUCCCUAAUAAACAUCCCAUAAACAACACAAUUUACUGAGAUGGUGACAGACGUGCAGCUCGCCAUAUUCGCCAACAUGCUGGGCGUUUCGCUCUUCCUGCUGGUGGUUCUGUAUCAUUAUGUGGCCGUGAACAACCCCAAAAAACUGGAGUGAGACUGUGAGAGGCGACAGGAUGACAAACACCACGUCCGUCGGGGAGAAUCAGAGGAUCAAGCAGCCUGUACAUUUGCAUUUUGUAUGAAAAUGAUGUGAAUAAAUUGUCAAAGUGUGA